AUGUCUGGUACCUACCUAUUUAACCUAGACGCGCGUAGACAUACGUAUGCAUGCGUGAGUGGUGCAGCAGAGCAGGUGAGUGGUGCAGCAGAGCAGGUGAGUGGUGCAGCAGAGCAGGUGAGUGGUGCAGCAGAGCAGGUGAGUGGUGCAGCAGAGCAGGUGAGUGGUGCAGCAGAGCAGGUGAGUGGUGCAGCAGAGCAGGUGAGUGGUGCAGCAGAGCAGGUGAGUGGUGCGGCAGAGCAGGUGAGUGGUGCGGCAGAGCAGGUGAGUGGUGCAACAGAGCAGGUGAGUGGUGCAACAGAGCAGGUGAGUGGUGCGGCAGAGCAGGUGAGUGGUGCGGCAGAGCAGGUGAGUGGUGCAGCAGAGCAGGUGAGUGGUGCGGCAGAGCAGGUGAGUGGUGCAGCAGAGCAGGUGAGUGGUGCGGCAGAGCAGGUGAGUGGUGCAGCAGAGCAGGUGAGUGGUGCAGCAGAGCAGGUAAGUGGUGCAGCAGAGCAGGUGAGUGGUGCAGCAGAGCAGGUGAGUGGUGCAGCAGAGCAGGUGAGUGGUGCAACAGAGCAGGUGAGUGGUGCAGCAGAGCAGGUGAGUGGUGCAGCAGAGCAGGUGAGUGGUGCAGCAGAGCAGGUGAGUGGUGCAGCAGAGCAGGUGAGUGGUGCGGCAGAGCAGGUGAGUGGUGCAGCAGAGCAGGUGAGUGGUGCGGCAGAGCAGGUGAGUGGUGCGGCAGAGCAGGUGAGUGGUGCGGCAGAGCAGGUGAGUGGUGCGGCAGAGCAGGUGAGUGGUGCGGCAGAGCAGGUGAGUGGUGCGGCAGUGCAGGUGAGUGGUGCGGCAGAGCAGGUGAGUGGUGCAGCAGAGCAGGUGAGUGGUGCGGCAGAGCAGAUGAGUGGUGCGGCAGAGCAGGUGAGUGGUGCGGCAGAGCAGGUGAGUGGUGCGGCAGAGCAGGUGAGUGGUGCGGCAGAGCAGGUGAGUGGUGCGGCAGAGCAGGUGAGUGGUGCGGCAGAGCAGGUGAGUGGUGCGGCAGAGCAGGUGAGUGGUGCGGCAGAGCAGGUGAGUGGUGCGGCAGAGCAGGUGAGUGGUGCGGCAGAGCAGGUGAGUGGUGCGGCAGAGCAGGUGAGUGGUGCAGCAGAGCAGGUGAGUGGUGCGGCAGAGCAGGUGAGUGGUGCGGCAGAGCAGGUGAGUGGUGCGGCAGAGCAGGUGAGUGGUGCAGCAGAGCAGGUGAGUGGUGCAGCAGAGCAGGUGAGUGGUGCAGCAGAGCAGGUGAGUGGUGCGGCAGAGCAGGUGAGUGGUGCAGCAGAGCAGGUGAGUGGUGCAGCAGAGCAGGUGAGUGGUGCGGCAGAGCAGGUGAGUGGUGCGGCAGAGCAGGUGAGUGGUGCGGCAGAGCAGGUGAGUGGUGCAGCAGAGCAGGUGAGUGGUGCGGCAGAGCAGGUGAGUGGUGCGGCAGAGCAGGUGAGUGGUGCGGCAGAGCAGGUGAGUGGUGCGGCAGAGCAGGUGAGUGGUGCAGCAGAGCAGGUGAGUGGUGCAGCAGAGCAGGUGAGUGGUGCAGCAGAGCAGGUGAGUGGUGCGGCAGAGCAGGUGAGUGGUGCAGCAGAGCAGGUGAGUGGUGCAGCAGAGCAGGUGAGUGGUGCAGCAGAGCAGGUGAGUGGUGCGGCAGAGCAGGUGAGUGGUGCAGCAGAGCAGGUGAGUGGUGCGGCAGAGCAGGUGAGUGGUGCGGCAGAGCAGGUGAGUGGUCCGGCAGAGCAGGUGAGUGGUGCGGCAGAGCAGGUGAGUGGUGCGGCAGAGCAGGUGAGUGGUGCGGCAGAGCAGGUGAGUGGUGCGGCAGGGCAGGUGAGUGGUGCGGCAGAGCAGGUGAGUGGUGCGGCAGAGCAGGUGAGUGGUGCGGCAGAGCAGGUGAGUGGUGCGGCAGAGCAGGUGAGUGGUGCGGCAGAGCAGGUGAGUGGUGCGGCAGAGCAGGUGAGUGGUGCGGCAGAGCAGGUGAGUGGUGCGGCAGAGCAGGUGAGUGGUGCGGCAGAGCAGGUGAGUGGUGCGGCAGAGCAGGUGAGUGGUGCGGCAGAGCAGGUGAGUGGUGCGGCAGAGCAGGUGAGUGGUGCGGCAGAGCAGGUGAGUGGUGCGGCAGAGCAGGUGAGUGGUGCGGCAGAGCAGGUGAGUGGUGCGGCAGAGCAGGUGAGUGGUGCGGCAGAGCAGGUGAGUGGUGCGGCAGAGCAGGUGAGUGGUGCGGCAGAGCAGGUGAGUGGUGCGGCAGAGCAGGUGAGUGGUGCGGCAGAGCAGGUGAGUGGUGCGGCAGAGCAGGUGAGUGGUGCGGCAGAGCAGGUGAGUGGUGCGGCAGAGCAGGUGAGUGGUGCGGCAGAGCAGGUGAGUGGUGCGGCAGAGCAGGUGAGUGGUGCGGCAGAGCAGGUGAGUGGUGCGGCAGAGCAGGUGAGUGGUGCGGCAGAGCAGGUGAGUGGUGCGGCAGAGCAGGUGAGUGGUGCGGCAGAGCAGGUGAGUGGUGCGGCAGAGCAGGUGAGUGGUGCGGCAGAGCAGGUGAGUGGUGCAGCAGAGCAGGUGAGUGGUGCAGCAGAGCAGGUGAGUGGUGCGGCAGAGCAGGUGAGUGGUGCGGCAGAGCAGGUGAGUGGUGCGGCAGAGCAGGUGAGUGGUGCGGCAGAGCAGGUGAGUGGUGCGGCAGAGCAGGUGAGUGGUGCAGCAGAGCAGGUGAGUGGUGCGGCAGAGCAGGUGAGUGGUGCGGCAGAGCAGGUGAGUGGUGCGGCAGAGCAGGUGAGCGGUGCGGCAGAGCAGGUGGGUGGUGCGGCAGAGCAGGUGAGCGGUGCGGCAGAGCAGGUGAGCGGUGCGGCAGAGCAGGUGAGCGGUGCGGCAGAGCAGGUGAGCGGUGCGGCAGAGCAGGUGAGUGUUUCGGCAGAGCAGGUGAGCGGUGCGGCAGAGCAGGUGAGCGGUGCGGCAGAGCAGGUGAGCGGUGCGGCAGAGCAGGUCAGCGGUGCGGCAGAGCAGGUCAGCAGUGCGGCAGAGCAGGUGAGCGGUGCGGCAGAGCAGGUGAGCGGUGCGGCAGAGCAGGUGAGCGGUGCGGCAGAGCAGGUGAGCGGUGCGGCAGAGCAGGUGAGCGGUGCGGCAGAGCAGGUGAGCGGUGCGGCAGAGCAGGUGAGCGGUGCGGCAGAGCAGGUGAGCGGUGCGGCAGAGCAGGUGAGCGGUGCGGCAGAGCAGGUGAGCGGUGCGGCAGAGCAGGUGAGCGGUGCGGCAGAGCAGGUGAGCGGUGCGGCAGAGCAGGUGAGCGGUGCGGCAGAGCAGGUGAGCGGUGCGGCAGAGCAGGUGAGCGGUGCGGCAGAGCAGGUGAGCGGUGCGGCAGAGCAGGUGAGCGGUGCGGCAGAGCAGGUGAGCGGUGCGGCAGAGCAGGUGAGCGGUGCGGCAGAGCAGGUGAGCGGUGCGGCAGAGCAGGUGAGCGGUGCGGCAGAGCAGGUGAGCGGUGCGGCAGAGCAGGUGAGCGGUGCGGCAGAGCAGGUGAGCGGUGCGGCAGAGCAGGUGAGCGGUGCGGCAGAGCAGGUGAGCGGUGCGGCAGAGCAGGUGAGCGGUGCGGCAGAGCAGGUGAGCGGUGCGGCAGAGCAGGUGAGCGGUGCGGCAGAGCAGGUGAGCGGUGCGGCAGAGCAGGUGAGCGGUGCGGCAGAGCAGGUGAGCGGUGCGGCAGAGCAGGUGAGCGGUGCGGCAGAGCAGGUGAGCGGUGCGGCAGAGCAGGUGAGCGGUGCGGCAGAGCAGGUGAGCGGUGCGGCAGAGCAGGUGAGCGGUGCGGCAGAGCAGGUGAGCGGUGCGGCAGAGCAGGUGAGCGGUGCGGCAGAGCAGGUGAGCGGUGCGGCAGAGCAGGUGAGCGGUGCGGCAGAGCAGGUGAGCGGUGCGGCAGAGCAGGUGAGCGGUGCGGCAGAGCAGGUGAGCGGUGCGGCAGAGCAGGUGAGCGGUGCGGCAGAGCAGGUGAGUGGUGCGGCAGAGCAGGUGAGCGGUGCGGCAGAGCAGGUGAGCGGUGCGGCAGAGCAGGUGAGCGGUGCGGCAGAGCAGGUGAGGGGUGCGGCAGAGCAGGUGAGUGGUGCGGCAGAGCAGGUGAGUGGUGCGGCAGAGCAGGUGAGUGGUGCGGCAGAGCAGGUGAGUGGUGCGGCAGAGCAGGUGAGUGGUGCGGCAGAGCAGGUGAGCGGUGCGGAAGAGCAGGUGAGCGGUGCGGCAGAGCAGGUGAGUGGUGCGGCAGAGCAGGUGAGUGGUGCGGCAGAGCAGGUGAGUGGUGCGGCAGAGCAGGGUGCGGCAGAGCAGGUGAGUGGUGCGGCAGAGCAGGUGAGUGGUGCGGCAGAGCAGGUGAGUGGUGCGGCAGAGCAGGUGAGUGGUGCAGCAGAGCAGGUGAGUGGUGCGGCAGAGCAGGUGAGUGGUGCAGCAGAGCAGGUGAGUGGUGCAGCAGAGCAGGUGAGCGGUGCGGCAGAGCAGGUGAGUGGUGCGGCAGAGCAGGUGAGUGGUGCGGCAGAGCAGGUGAGUGGUGCAGCAGAGCAGGUGAGUGGUGCAGCAGAGCAGGUGAGUGGUGCAGCAGAGCAGGUGAGUGGUGCAGCAGAGCAGGUGAGUGGUGCGGCAGAGCAGGUGAGUGGUGCAGCAGAGCAGGUGAGUGGUGCGGCAGAGCAGGUGAGUGGUGCGGCAGAGCAGGUGAGUGGUGCAGCAGAGCAGGUGAGUGGUGCGACAGAGCAGGUGAGUGGUGCAGCAGAGCAGGUGAGUGGUGCAGCAGAGCAGGUGAGUGGUGCGGCAGAGCAGGUGAGUGGUGCGGCAGAGCAGGUGAGUGGUGCGACAGAGCAGGUGAGUGGUGCGGCAGAGCAGGUGAGUGGUGCAGCAGAGCAGGCUGUGCUCGCACGAACCUUGCAGCACCGCUCUCCACCUCUGGACGGCACCGAGUCCUCUCCCACUCCCCCCACUCCCAAUCGCCUGGAGCUCUGCCUCGUUCAGAGCCGUGAUGACAUUAUAAGCCCGCCUGUUGUAGCCGCUGCGCGCGCUCUCCGCCCACAUCGCGUAAAAACGGACCAGGCGGGUAUCGCGAUAGUUUCCCUCAGCUUUCCGCUCUAUCGCCGCGUUCCUUCCGUCCCUAGUCCCUCCCCGCGCUGCGCGCGCUCUCCGUCCACAGCGCGUGACGCGGACCCUACUUGUCUCCCGGGUCUCUCGGGUGUCCAUCUCGGGUGCCCCUUUCAGGUGCCCCACUCAGGUGUUUCUCAGGCGCCCAUCUCAGGUGUCUCUCAGGCGCCCCUCUCAGGUAUUUUCUCAGGGGGUCCCUCUCAGGCUUCUCUCAGCUGUCCCUUUCAGCUGCCCCUCUCAGGUGUCUCUCAGGUUCCCCUCUCAGGUGCCCAUCCCAGGUGUCUCUCCAAUGUCUCUCAGGUGCUUGCUUAG